AUGAAAAGAAAGAAGAUUAUACCAAUUGCUAUAAGAAAGAAGAAGAGAACUUGUGUCAAAUCUCUUCAACAACAACAACAACAGCAAUCGUUUUCUUCUACGAAUUCAAUUCCAGAAUCAGAAUUCAACAACAAUCCUCAAAACUCAGAACCUAAAUUUUACUUACCUGAUGACUGCUGGGAGCAUGUCUUCGCAUUCCUUAUCAACCCCGUCGACAUCAACCCCGUCGACGGCAAUAACGAACACAAUUUUAAAUCUCUAUCUCGCGUCUCAAAACACUUCCUCACCAUUACCAACCGUCUCAUAUUCUCUAUGACAAUUUAUCAUCCACAACUUUGUUAUCUCCCUCGUUUCUUCCACAGAUUCUCCAACCUUAAUUCCCUUAGUCUCUUGUUCGACCUCUUCCAUGAUCUUGAUCUAGGAAUUGCUUUGGCUCUCCGAAACAGACCAACAUUAAAAUAUUUAUCUAUUUUCGGGAUUCAGUUAAAGGAUGCAAACUACAUUACUUCAUAUUACAUUGAUUCCUUCGUGAGUUUGAAGGGUUUGAAUUCUCUUAAGUUUCAAUGCUCUCGAAUCUCUGAUGAUUUGCUUUACUCUAUUGCAACAGAAAGUCUUCCUUUAAAGAGUUUUUUUCUUGAAAGUUGUACCGGCUAUAGUUAUCGGGGAAUUUAUGGUUUAUUAUCUAAGUGUAGCGGGAUAAAACAUUUGGGUAUUCAAGACGAUGAUUCUUUAAAUAAUCAUCAUGUUUUUGAGUUGUCUUUGCUUCUUCCUGAUUUGGUGUCUAUAAACCUUAGUCAAUGUUACGAGCUCACAGAAUCAGCUUUGUUUGCACUCAUUAAGAACUGUCGUUCACUCGUUGAGAUCACAAUGAGACAAAUAUAUUUCCCAAUGGAAAACAUAUAUAUUGAGGAAGAGAGUCUAGAAAAUUUUGAUGUCAACCCUCAAUUAAAGUUUCUACAUUUUGCUCACACUUCAUUUUUAAACGACAGGACCAUGAUAUUGUUUGCUUCCGUUUUCCCCAAUUUGCAGCUUCUUGAUUUAAGUUUUUGCCAUGGCAUAUCUAAAAAAGGAAUUUCUCAAGUUUUAAGUAAAUGUUGUAAGCUUAAACAUCUGAAUUUGACUCACUGUAAUGAUGUGAGAGGACUUAAAAUGAACUUUGUAGUUCGCCAGCUAGAGGUGUUAAACUUAUGUGAUACAAAUGUUGAUGAUAAAACACUCUAUGAGAUCUCAAAGAGUUGUUGUGGGCUUUUGGAACUAGUAUUGUUCGGUUGUAAAUAUGUCACAAAAAAGGGAAUGAAACGUGUGGUUGAAAACUUCACACAGUGCCAUGUGAUGAAGUGA